CUUUUGCAAAUAAGUACUGACUUUCUUUGCCUCUUACACCCUCGUCGUCCAAAUCGAAGUUGGGGGGAGAAAAAUGGUAACCCUAACGGAAUCCGACGACAGAAUAGAGGAAGAGAUCGAAGAAGAAAACAAAGGAACGAUCAGCGAUCAACAGCCCUCCGCGACGCGAAACCCUAACCCUAGAUCGGUGAAGACGAAGGUCCCAGAAGUAGAGGUCCAUCUGUAUCGGAGCGGCAAAGGCCCGGUCGAGACCUUCAAAUCGAGCCUCGGGGGCUGGGAUCAAGAUCAGCUCGAGGUCCAAGACAUCCUCGACAAGUACGGGCUCAAAUCGAUCUUCGCGUUUACUCCGGGUUCGGGUCGAGGGGUUCCGAUUCGAUUCAGUGCGAGGAACGGGAGAUCGAUCCUUACGUAUCGUGAUGGAGCUGUUAUCUAUGUCGAUGGAGAGCCAAAGGACCCUUUACUAAAACCUAUUACAAAGAUUAUUCUCGGAGUUGCAGUGAUGACCCUUAUGAUAGCCAUCUUCAUGAAGGAGACUCCAAAGUGGCUGAAUAUAUCCAAACUCACCGAUACAACCUUCCCUCCUUGGGUUAUUGCUUGCAUGAUUAUAGCUUUCACUCGCUUGAGGAAGAGAACCAAGAAUUUGUUAAACAAGUUCGGGUGGUGAGAGAAUGAAGUCUAUUAAACUUAUACAAGCUUGUGACACUUAGCACUAUUUUUGUAUAUCAAAUUGUUCCAAAAUCUUAUAAUGGUGAGAGAAUGAAGUCUCUUCUGCUCUA